GUCCAGAGCUGAUGACAGAUCAGUGAGAGGCUAUCGGCGGCGCUUGAGUGGCAAUUGCUGUGCAAUGAACGAAGCAAAACAGACUGAUUGAAGUAAGCGCUGCAGCCCACACCUAGUGACGUUGAAUGCACCGCAUAUUGAUUUAACACGUAGUGGAUACCGCGUCGUUUGCUUUGGUGUUCGCUGUUGAAUUGGCAGAAGGAUGUCUCUGGUAGAGGUAUACGAAGAAGGGGAGUAUGAGCGAGCUGCCAAGCGACUGAAGACUGUAGAGGUAGAGGUGGAGGAGGGGGAGGAAUUAGAAGAGGGAGAGGAUUCGGAUUCAGCAUCUCCUGGCUUGCUGCUUGGUGACGAUGGUGAUAAACCCGUGGUAGGUGGAGCAGAAAAAAGGGCCCAGUGGUCUUCAUCACAAUAUGGAUCAAGAAGGGACAAUGGGAACGAAACCCACCGGAUUCCCCCCUCCCCGGUGGUCCAUGUGCGGGGGUUGUGUGAGUCCGUCGUGGAGGCAGACCUGGUUGAAGCCCUGGAGAAGUUCGGGACGAUAUGUUACGUGAUGAUGAUGCCUUUUAAGAGGCAGGCUCUGGUGGAGUUUGAGGGGGUUGAAAGUGCUGACAAGUGUGUGGCGUGCGGAGCCAAUGAGGCUGUCUACAUAGCUGGACAGCAAGCCUUCUUGAAUUAUUCUACCAGUAAAAAGAUCACCCGGCCGACACACUCAGACAACCCCAACAGCGGCAAUAAUGUCUUGCUGUUGUCCAUUCAGAAUCCUCUUUACCCCAUAACAACGGAUGUUUUAUACACUGUCUGCAACCCGACUGGAAACGUCCUCCGUAUUGUAAUAUUCAAGAGGAAUGGCAUACAGGCCAUGGUGGAAUUCGAAUCUGUUCAAAGUGCUCAAAAAGCCAAAGCUGCCCUCAACGGAGCUGAUAUCUAUGUUGGGUGCUGCACGUUGAAAAUUGAAUACGCAAGGCCAACCCGUCUUAACGUCAUAAGAAAUGACAGUGAUAGUUGGGACUACACUAAACCAUAUCUGGUUAGACGAGAUAGGGGGAAGGGAAGGCAGCGGCAAGCCAUCCUAGGAGAGCACCCAUCUUCCUAUGGUGACAGUGGGUAUGGUUCUCACUGCCCCCUACUGCCCUUGUCGAGUAAUAAUCGAUAUAAAAUGGGCUCUCAUGAUAUCCCGGAGGUGGUUACUUACCCACUCCCCCAAACCUCCUCCUACAUGGGCCACGGAGCAUCCUCCUCCAGCUCUGUUGCCAUGGUGAGCGGUCUGCAUGCCAAGAGAAUGAACUGCACCAGGAUCUUCAACCUUAUUUGUUUGUAUGGGAACAUUGAGAAGGUCAAGUUUAUGAAAAGUGUGCCCGGUACAGCACUGGUGGAAAUGGGCGACGAGUAUGCCGUGGACCGAGCCAUCACGCAUCUCAAUAGCAUCAAGGUGUUUGGAAAGAGACUCAAUGUCUGUGUGUCAAAGCAGCAUGCAGUUAUACCAAGCCAGGUGUUUGAGCUGGAGGACGGCACAAGCAGUUACAAGGACUUUGCCAUGACCAGGAACAAUCGAUUUACCAGCGCCGGUCAAGCUUCCAAGAACAUCAUCCAGCCCCCCUCCUGCGUCCUGCACUUCUACAACGUGCCCCCAUGUGUCACAGAGGAGGAGCUGCAGCAGUUGUGUGCAACACAUGAUGUACCUGGGUUUAUAAAGUACAAGGUGUUUGAUGCAAAACCUUCUUCCAAAACGAUAUCAGGGUUGUUAGAAUUUGAAACCAAGACGCAUGCUGUGGAGGUCCUCACGGUACUGAAUCAUUACCAGAUCAGGAUACCAAAUGGCUCCAAUCCAUACACGUUGAAACUCUGUUUCUCUACAUCUUCUCAUCUAUAAGACAAGGUGCCCACAGCAGGAGAUGCUUGUGGAACUAUUGCUGGAGAGCCAGCAGCCACCCUGACGUUGAAUGGGAAGAGAUGAGAUAAAGUUGCCCUUUCUCACCUUCAUUCACAUGGAAAGUGUAUCUUAACCAGGAAGGAGGAUGAUAAAGAAAAUCUGUAAGAAGUACAAAACACUGAACUGAUCAUAUUCUCUUUAAAAAAAUAGAAAACAAACAAAUAAAUAAAUAAAUAAAUAAAUAAAUAAACUCUUGUUGGUGUAAUCUGCUGCACAAAAGACAUUAGGAAUGUUGAUUGAGAAUGGCCACCAGUUUUAAUGAAGUGACCAUGCAGGUUAAGUCUGUUCAGCCAUUUUUUAAAAAGAACUGUUGCUGUUGUAUGGUUCAGUUGUUAUCAUUUCAUAGAAGACCACAUAGAAAUGAUUCCCGGAUGUCAGUUUGAAUCGAUGUCAUUGAUUAUAGUCAGCACUGUAUUAUAACAUUAAAAUCUUAAUUUAACAGAAUGGUUGCCUAAAUCCCAUAUGUAAGCUUGCACUUAAAAUAACAACACCUUUAUAAGUGUUACAAUUAGGCUGCUUUGUAAUAUACAGGUGUGUGUAAUGUUGGGGGGGCGGGUCUAAUUUAAAACUUGGUGUCUAAAAAAAGAAAGAAAACUAGUUUUGAUCUGAUUUAGACACUAUAUUUGUACACUGUUUUGUUUACACAUACAUGUUCCCGGUUGACGUAGUUCUCAGUGUUUUGGCUGCACUGUUUCAAUGUUACCAUGUAUGGAGUUCUCACUGUGAGCAUGAUUAAAAACAUUUGCCAGGCAA